AUGGGCGACUACAAUCCUGACAUCUCCAAUGGGACCUGCUAUUACUACGAUGGCUAUGAGGCUGAUUCAAGAUACAUUCCUUGCGGCAACGCGGCACUCGGUCCCAAGGUAUGCUGCGAGAGUCUGGAUAUGUGCCUCUCGUCAGGUGCUUGCUACAAUGCGCAAUAUGGAGUGACUUAUCUUGCCGGUUGCACUGUGGAAACUUACGACGAUCCAAUAUGUCCCAAGAAGACCUUUGAAGAUGAACAAUGGGUUGGAUUGGUCUACUGCAAUGGAACCUCGAAUCAAUGGGUCGCGUGUGACGAGAAAGAGACGGGCUCGACCACGGUUACCAAACCAUCAUACUGCUGGUGUCCGGAUGAAGAAUCGAGAACAGUUGCCUUCAGCGACUCGUCUGUUCUCAAGAAUAUCAUGUCGUUACCGGCGACUAAGGGGCAAACUGUCACAUGGAAAGACGCCGACGCGUGGACGACGGAACACUCUCUUGCUUCAGCGAUGGGCUCCUCUCUGGACACGGACACAACCACCAGUACUUCUUCGUCCACCCGCUCUAGCUCAACGAAGAGUGUGUCCACCUCAACACCACCUGCAUCCACGAGUCAAGGACCUAGCACGACCACACCUCCAUUUUCGACUUUUGCGGCACCUGCAGCAACCUCAGCUCCCCCGGCGACGAGCUCCGGCAUGAGCACUGGAGCGAAAGUCGGGAUUGCGCUAGCCUCAGUGAUCGGAACAGCAGUCCUUGCACUUCUAGUCUGGCUAAUUUUGGCGUGCAUGCGGCGGAGGUCUCGAAAGAACGGAGCAAAGGCGGAAGAACCCCCACCAAUGAGAGAACCCACCCUUCCCCAAGUCGAGCGACGACCAACUGACCCCGAUUUGAGAAGUCCGGCCUGGUCAGCACACAAAUCAGAACUCCCUGCGGACGAGAGCGCGACGAGCAUGAGCGCUUCUCCGGCGGCUGUGUACCACGAGUAUGCUUACCAACAAAGACCAGACAGCAUGGUCCGGUCAGAGGUCGAGGGCAGUCCAGUCAGAGCGUCACCUGUGAGGCCAAGACAGGAUGGAGGAUUGAGAGUGCCCGGGCAGAAUGGGACGUUUUACGAGAUGGCUGGAUGA